UUCAUAAACACGCCCACGUUUUUGCCGCAUGGUGGAUUGGGGAGUUUUACUGGUUUAACGUUUUACUGGAAUCAACGUGGAAGUUGGAAGUUGUGUGUCUAUAUGUGAUUGUUUUGCAGUCAGAUUAGAGUUUGUUGCAGUCUCUGAAGUAAUGAAGUAGCUGUCACACUCAAGAACCUGGCCGUAAACCAAACUCUAUUCUUCGACAUUCGGCUAGUUAGCUUGUUAUGCUAGCUGGCAGGCAGUUCUACUAAGAAGUACAGCAUGAAGAGUUACAAUGGCAACACCAAUGUUAUGGACAUGUUCGAAAAGGGAAAGGUCCUGAAAAUAUGUGCCCCUAUGGUCCGAUAUUCAAAGCUUGCAUUCAGAUCCUUGGUGAGAAAAUACAACUGUGAUAUUUGUUUUACCCCAAUGAUAGUUGCUGCAGAUUUUAUGCGAUCUGUCAAAGCAAGAGAUAGUGAAUUCACCACUAAUGAAUGUGACCGGCCACUAAUAGUGCAGUUUGCUGCGCAUGAUGCUCAGACUCUGGCUGAUGCAGCCUGUGUAGUGGCACCUUUCUCAGAUGGAGUUGACCUCAAUUGUGGCUGUCCCCAGAGAUGGGCUAUGUCAGAAGGAUAUGGUGCAUGUCUCAUCAACAAGCCUGAACUUGUGAAAGACAUGGUGAGACAUGUCAGGAACCAAGUGGACAAUCCGAACUAUACAGUAUCCAUUAAAAUAAGAAUUCACAAAGACAUAAAGCAGACUGUGGAUCUCUGCCAAAAGGCUGAAUCAGCUGGUGUGUCGUGGAUAACAGUGCAUGGCCGUACAACAGAAGAACGUCACCAGCCAGUCCACUACGAUGCCAUAAAGACAGUCAAAGACAGCGUAUCGGUUCCUGUUAUCGCCAAUGGCGACAUAAAGUACCUACGUGAUGUGGAGUCUGCUCACCAACUUACUGGCGUAGAUGGUAGGAUGACUCUGCAGUGGACCGCCGUGGCCCUGUUCCUCUAUGUGGAGGUCGGCCUCCUCGUCAUCCUCUGUUUACCCUUCAUCUCAGCCAAGAGGUGGCGGAUUAUUUUUCAGCUGAGGAUCUGGAACUUCAUGGCGAGGUUUUGGAACAAGGUGUUUCUCACCAUGAUCGUCAUCCUUAUUGUUCUCUUCCUUGACGCCGUCCGUGAGGUGAGAAAAUACUCGGGUAGAGAUCUGGGCACUGAUGCCAAGCUGCAGCCAAACAUGUUCGACCACCUGCACAUGAAGCUUUUCAGGGCCCAGAGGAACCUCUACAUUUCUGGUUUUGCAGUCUUUCUGUGGCUUGUUAUGAAGCGAGUGAUCACCCUGAUUAACCAGCUGGCCUCCGUGUCUGAGAAUACAGCUGCCCUUCAGACGCAGGCGGACAACGCUAACCAAGCUGCCAAGAAAUACAUGGACGACAACGAGCAGCUGAAAAAGGCUCUGAUGGAAGGGAAGGGCGAUAAGGCAACUGCAGACGGGAUGGAGCUGCUGAGAAAGGAGGUGGAGAAGCUGAAAGGAGAGCUGAAGACCACAGGAGAUGCUCUGAAGCAGUCUCAGUCAGCGGCAGAUGUAAUGAAAAAGCAGACUGAUGGCUUGGCCAGAGAGUACGACAGACUGCUGAAAGAACACCAGGCGCUCCAGAAUCUUCAAGAUGCUGGGAGUAAAAAGGACGACUAGAAAUAAUAGUACAGUGAUGCCUUGUUAAGUAUUUACACAGCAGUACACUCCAAACACAACAUGGCCACUGCAACACAUCGUUUUAUGUUUUGAGGCACGGUGUAUAUCACAAAAACUGGCUCCUCAGAUGUACGCUGUAAAUCUUUGGGUGAUAUCAGUCAUUCUUUUUAAUCAAUAAUAGUUUUUAUUGGGGCACUUGACGGGCUUAAAGAGAAUAAGUGAUAUUGAUGCUGUUCUGCCUGGCACAGUGUGACUGGGGCUUCCUUUACACCCACUAGUGGCCAACUGGGAGAAGUCAGUCAAUGACUACAAAGUUUGAUGAGAGAGCACACACUAUGUAUGUUAAUCAUCAGCAUUGUCAUCAGUUGUGUCUUUCAAAGCUUGAGCACUUUAUUAUUGUGAGAGCGAUGAAUGUGUUGUGCUACACUUCCAGAACCUACUGCAGUAUGUAAAUGUGGUGUUUUUAUAUUUAGCUGCAGUCAGAAGUCAUCGGUAUGUUCAGCCAAAAUUCUGUGUCUUUAAUGCAAGUAGCUGUGAAUCACAGAGAUUACACUUAGUUCUCAUUUUUUCUCCUGUACUUGGAACCUGUGCAUGUGAAUGAACAUCUGCAGUAAUCUGUGAACAUCUGUGAAGAAUUCCAAAUAUUCGUAGGAUUGAACCUUGAAUAUCAUUGUAUUUUAUUUACUUUUUCACUUUUUGAGCUUAAAAUAAAGUCGACUCAAUGAGAUCACGGAUAAAAGUUCAGCUCUGUGUUUGUUUUGGAGCCAGAAAAGUCAAGCUUCUUUUACACGUGUUGCACUGCAAGUAGCUUGUUGGUGUGUUUGUUUUUAUCUGUAUGGGUUGCACAUGGAGUUGUCUAGUGUGACAGAGGCGGUGGGACUCUUUCUCUGUUUUACGUUGCUGUGACGAAAACCUUAGUUUACAAUCGCCAGGUGUUUCUGUGUUUUUUUGCUAAAUCAUUCAUCACAGUUUCUGGGUCAUAAAACCGCAAAAAUAGUUCGGUUGUGUUCCGAUUCUGUUGUAGGCAGAAAUACAUUGGAACCUGUUUUGGCAGUGCCUUUAUUUGUUUAGUAAAGAUAACUUCCUUGUUCUGUGCUCUAUAAUAAUAAAAAAAACGUGACUAUUCCA